AUGUCAAUUUUGGACCAGCCCAAGAUAUGUUCUUCUUUGCCUCGCAUACGUGACCCAGAUUUAGUACAAGAAUUAAAACGUCGAGGAAUUGAACUAACAGACAUAGGUCCAGAAACUCCUCCUAUUGACAUGCUCAUCGGUGCUGACUUUCUGGGAGGAAUAUUAACAGGAAGAAUAGAAGUUCUGCCAUCUGGUAUAACAGCCGUAGAAACGAAACUCGGAUGGAGUGUUUUAGGUCCAGGAAAGAAGAGCAGCAUAAAUAUGGUAUCGCUAUGUAUGCAUCACUCAGAGAUACACAAAAUUUGGGACUUAGAAUCUUUGGGUAUAACAGAUCCCACUGAGAGGAAAACAACUAAGGAGCUAGAUGAAGAAACGGUCACAUUUUUUCAAGAGACAAUUCGGAAAACUGGCAACAGGUAUGAGGUGGCUCUUCCAUGGCUAGCAGGACAUCCCCACUUGUAUAAUGGAUACGACCAGGCAGAAGCAAGACUUCACACCGUUACUAAGCGUCUUUUGAAAGACAAUUACUACGAACUGUAUGAUGGUGUCUUACAGCAGUGGAAGAAUGAUAACAUCAUAGAGGAGGUGACAGAAGCUGAAAUGUCAAGUUCAAACGCUUGUCAUUAUUUGCCACAUCAUCCAGUCGUUAAAUCAUCAAGCGCUACCACGAAGGUCAGGCCAGUCUUUGACGCUUCAUGUAAACGCCCCGGAUAUGCCUCCUUAAAUGACUGUCUUAGUACAGGACCAAGUUUAUUAAGUGAAAUCCCUCGCCUCAUAAGUAAAUUUCGUUGUGGUGCCAUUGGAGUAAUUGCAGACAUUAAACAAGCAUUUCUUCAACUCUCUUUAGCUGCCAAAGAUAGAGACUACCUAAGAUUCCUUUGGUGGGAAGACAAAAAACACACUAAGAUGAAAUUUUACAGGCAUUGUCGUGUUGUUUUCGGCGUUUCAUCAAGCCCCUUCUUAUUAAAUGCCACGAUUAAAUUUCAUCUUGAAUCGCAGGAAUUCCAAUCAAUAGUCCUGCAAAACACGAUCAAUCGAAUGAAAGAUGGAUUUUAUGUAGACAACUUAGUCACAAGUGUGAAUACCAGCGAAGAACUGGAACAAUUAAAAUCGCAAGCUAUAGAAGUAAUGCAAAAGGGUUCCUUUGAAUUGAGAUGCUGGGCUUACAGUGGAAUUGAAGAAAGCAUAGAUCAGAAUGUACUUGGCCUGAAAUGGGACACUCAUGCAGAUGAACUUUAUUGUGCUGGCUGUAAAACGACUUCAGAAAAGAUCCUUUCAAAGAGAAAGCUUCUCUCUGUAGUUAACAGCAUAUACGAUCCUAUUGGAUUUACGUCACCUGCAACUCUUCUUCCAAAAUUAUUGCUUCAAGAAGCUUGGAAAAACAAGAUAGGCUGGGACGACGAUCUGCCUCUAAAUAUUCAACAUAGAUAUCAACACUGGGUGAAGCAUAUUGAUUUCAUAGAACAGUGCAGAAUACCUCGUCGAUUAAUGCUAGGAACUCUUGAGAAUACAAGCCUGCAUGUCUUUACCGAUGCUUCCGCAGAUGCAUACGCUUGCUGUGUAUACUUACGCUCUGAAGAAGAAACGGGAACCUCUGUCCAAUUAAUAACUGCCAAAGCCAGAGUAGCUCCGAUGAAAAGACCGACGAUUCCACGCUUAGAGUUGCUUGGAGCUACAAUGGGUGCAAGAAUAGCAAGUACCGUUUUAGAAGCAAUACAGCAACCUUUAAAAAUUUCCUUUUGGGUCGAUUCAAUGGUUGUUCUAAGUUGGAUAACGAAAGGAGAACCGUGGAAUACUUUCGUCGGUAACCGGGUUAAAGAAAUACGUCAACUUACAAAUGUCGAUAGUUGGAGAUUUGUACCAGGAUCUAUGAAUCCGGCCGACUUGCCCUCGCGUUCUUGUAAUUGGAAGGAGCUGAUAGAUAGUCGAUGGUGGGAGGGUCCCACUUGGCUACAAGAAACAGAAAAUACCUGGCCAAAUACUGAGAUUACGAUGCCUGAAGAAGCUUUAGUUGAAAGAAAGAAAAGUGUUAUCUGCAGCACGAAUAUUAACUUACAGGAAAACUUCAGCAAGAAGCUUCUAUACUUUUCUAAGUACAGCAAAGUUAUAAGAAUGGUAGCUUGGAUGCUGAGAUUUAUAAAUAAUGCUAGGAAUAAGUCCACCCGAGUUAUCUCCGAGUUAACAUGUGAAGAAAUACAGAAGGCAGAACUCGCCGUCAUUAAAUUGGUACAAACAGAACUGCAUGCUGAAUUGAAGGAAAAAUACUCGAAGUCUAUACGAUUUUCCGAAGAGUCUGGAGUUUUAAAAGUUGAAACUAAGUUAGUUUUGGGUGAAGAUCCAGAAGAUUUUCAAAAACCAACCGUACUACCAGAUCAUCCCAUCGUGAGACUGUACAUCGAAUACGUUCAUAAAGCUUUGAUGCAUAGUGGUGUUCAGACAACUCUGAAUCAUAUUCGAGAGCUCUACUGGAUUCCUCGCGGUCGGAGGGUUGUUAGAAAGGAAAUUUCGGUGGGAGAAAUAGUUCUCAUAGGAUGUGAGGACACUAAGAGAUUGAACUGGCCAUUAGGUCAUGUUGUUGAACUGUAUCCUGGCAGGGAUGGUAUCCAAAGAAUUGCCAAACUACGAGUUGCUAAUGGCUACCUCGUUAGACCUUUGCAGAGGCUGUAUCCUCUCGAAAUGUCAAUCAGUGAUUUGCCAUCAGACCUAGCAGCAAAUGGAAAGGAGGUAGCAGCUAAUAUCGAUUCAGGGUACUUAUAUUGA